AUGACACAAAUGAGUCAAUCACCUUGGUACUUGCAUCAACCUGACAAGGAGCUAGUAGAGAAAUUUAGAUUCAUCCAACACCAAGAAGAUGAACGAUUGAGGGAUGCCACCCUGGAUACCAACCACUCAAGAUGGUCUCUUGGUGUUAGCGUUUUACCCAAAAACGAUUAUAGAAAUCGUUAUGUGAACAUAAUGCCCUAUGAGAAGAAUAGAGUAAAACUUAACGUUGUACAGGGCAACGACUAUAUCAAUGCCUCUUAUGUUAAGGCAGAAGUACCAGGUCAGAGUCUUAACUCAGGUAAAUACAUUGCCACCCAAGGUCCCACAGAGAAUACAUGGGCCCAGUUUUGGCAAAUGUGUUAUUACGAAUGCCCUCAUCCGGACAUCGUCAUUGUAAUGGUUACUCCACUGGAAGAACAUGGAAGACCUAAAUGCUUUCCUUAUUGGCCAAGAGGUACAUCUAACGGCGAUAGGAUAAAGGUAGCACCUAAAGUACAAACAAUUAAAGGUACUAAUGAUAUCAGUGAAUUUCCUUGUGAUAUUUGUGUAGAGUUCAAAGAGAGUUCAAAAAUUGAUAACUGUUACACUUUAACCACUCUAACUUUAAAACCCUUGUUUGGCAACGGUCCCGUUAAAACCGUUCACCACUUCUAUUUUGAUCUCUGGAGGGAUAUGAGUAAACCUGAUCAAGUAGUUCCCAUCAUGCAGCUUUGCAGGCAUUCUAAUAGUCUCAACCAUAAGGAGAACCCAAUUAUAGUUCACUGCUCGGCAGGUGUUGGUAGAAGUGGUACCUUCAUCGCCCUAGAUCACCUAAUAAAUGAUACCGCCGACUUCAAAAUAGGCAUAUCCUCCGAUAAUCCCACUAUGAAUCCAAUUAAGCACUAUGAUCACGACUUGAUAGAACAAAUCGUUCUUCAACUUCGUUCUCAAAGGUUGAAAAUGGUACAGAUGAUAGAUCAAUACCUAUUCAUAUACCAUGCAGCAAACUAUCUGUAUGCUAUGCGUGGCUCUCACUCUCAAAAGUGA